AAGGUACCAGGGGCAUCUGGUGGAGCUUUACCAAAAAGGAGGAAUGCUAAGCUAUUUUUAGAUCUAGAGACAAACAGUGAUCUGAACACUGAUGACUUUGAAUAUGAAGAUGAAGCAAAACUCAUUUUGUUUCCUGAUCACUAUGAAAUCCCAUUACCUAAUAUAGAAGAGUUACCAGCACUGGUGACGAUAGCUUGUGAUGCACUCCUCAGUGCAAAAUCACCCUACAGGAAGCAGGACCCUGACUCCUGGGAAGAAGAACUACAAGCGUCUAAACAUGCCAAAACACUUGUACAGUUAGACAAUGGUGUUAGAAUUCCCCCCAGUGGUUGGAAAUGCUCAAAAUGUGACCUGCGGGAAAAUCUGUGGCUAAACUUGACAGAUGGUUCUGUGCUGUGUGGAAAGUGGUUCUUUGAUGGUAGUGGGGGGAAUGGGCAUGCAACGGAGCACUACAAGGAGACAGGUUAUCCACUGGCAGUGAAGUUAGGAACCAUCACUCCUGAUGGAGCAGAUGUCUAUUCCUUUGAUGAAGAGGAGCCGGUUUUAGACCCACAUAUAGCAAAACAUUUGGCACACUUUGGAAUUGAUAUGCUGCAGAUGCAAGUGACAGAGAAUGGGUUAAGAGAUAAUGAUAUAAAACCAAGAGUCUCUGAAUGGGAAGUGAUUCAGGAAGCUGGUGUGAAACUCAAGCCCAUGUAUGGCCCAGGAUACACUGGUAUGAAGAACCUGGGAAAUAGCUGCUACCUCAGUGCUGUCAUGCAAGCCAUUUUCAGCAUCCCAGAGUUCCAACGAGCGUAUGUGGGAAACAUUCCACGAAUAUUUGACUACUCCCCUCUUGAUCCAACACAAGAUUUCAGCACUCAGAUGGCUAAACUGGGACACGGCCUCCUUUCAGGCCAGUACUCUAAGCCACCCAUGAAAUCUGAGCUUAUUGAGCAGGUGAUGAAAGAACACAAGGCUCAACACAAUGGAAUAUCUCCUCAAAUGUUUAAGGCUUUUAUAAGUAAAGGCCACCCAGAAUUUUCCUCUAACAGACAACAAGAUGCACUGGAAUUUUUCCUACAUCUUAUAAAUCUAGUAGAGAGGAACCCUGUAGGUUCAGAAAACCCUAGUGAUGUUUUCCGGUUCUUGGUGGAAGAACGCACACAAUGCUGCCAGUCCAGAAAGGUCCGCUACACAGAGAGGGUGGACUAUAUCAUGCAGUUACCUGUUGCCAUGGAGGCAGCAACAAACAAAG